GUCCUAAUCUGAUCGCCACCGGCCUCCGGCUCUCCCCUCCAGCGCCAGCCGCCGUGCGCUCUCCCUCUCCCUCUCCCUCUGCCUGCGACGACUGGCUGGGCUACCGCCGCCGCUCUCCCUCUCCCUACGCCAGGUGCCGACGCCUUUGCCGAUCUCUUCGCCGGCGAAGAGCACCCACCACCAGGGAGAUGGGCCUGUGGACAUUGCUGGAGGGUUUUUUGCUUCUUGCAAAUGCGUUGGCGAUAUUGAACGAAGACCGCUUCCUUGCUCCGAGGGGAUGGAGCAUGUCUGAAGUGUCAGGGAAUGGGCAAACGAAGUCGCUGAAGGGCCAGAUCGUGGGGCUUAUCUAUGCUACGCAAUUUCUGAGGAUGCCCUUAAUUGCUCUCAACGUUCUUAUCAUCGUUGUGAAAUUGGUGUCUGGCUGAGUUUGUCAUGGAUUGGUUAUCUGUUCCACCUUUAUGUAAAAGUUAAGAGAUCCCAAAGUUAAUUGUACUCAAGGUUGCUGUCAAUAUGUUGUUCCUGUUGACUCUAAUGUGGGAUUCUGUUAUUGUCGUGGUAAAUUAAUUUGAUCAGAAAAUGGAUGUCAAUGUUCAUAGUAUCAGAGUAUCUGUUGUGUACCAGUGUUAUCAAUUUGUUGUUGUGUACUAGUGUUAUCUAUUUGUUCGAAGCAGGCACUUUGUGGGGCAUCCUUCUUUUGUAUGUUAUGAAUUCAAGACAUAUUUGUUGCUUC